AUGGAGCUAGAGGGCAAGAAGACCAGGCCAGGCGUGGACGGCUCUGUCAGCUGGACCCUCUACGGGGCCCACCUGAACUGUGCCAACCCCCAGGUCCUCCCAAGAUCGGGCCUCUCACUGCCAGGCCCAGGGUCCCCUCCCAGGAGGGCCAUGGCCGAAUCUGUCCAGUUUGCUGCCGUGUCUCCAGGGCCCAGCAAGCAGCAGCAUGGCUCAGCCCGGGGCAUGCUGACUUGGACUCCCCGAGCAGCUGCCCUCGGGGCCCCAGCCCCAGGUGCUCUGCGCGUUUCCAGUCAGUGUGGAGGGGCUGCUGGCAACCGAGGCUCGGUGACCCUCGUGGCCCCCGCCCAGCUCAUGACGUGA